AUGCCACGCACCUGCAGUGUGCCUGGGUGCAAAUCAGGCUACAGAGGCCCAGAUAUAGACGUUCAGACUUUUACAUUCCCAAUUGACAAAGAACAGCGUUUAAAGUGGGUUAGAGCUAUACAUCGCUCGGAAGACUUUGUUGUAACUGAGUCCUCAUCUGUGUGCAUCAAGCACUUUCACGAGAAACAUAUCAAUAGGUAUUCAACCAACAAGAGGAAGAGUGAACCUACUUUGUUGAAGAGGCCCCAUUUGAAGAGUGAUGCUGUCCCUGGCAUAUUUCCCAAUCAACCACAUUACUUGUCGACGGAGGCACCAACUACCCGUAGAGAACCUGAGGAGAGGCGCAAGGCACUCAUUGAAAGAGACAACCAUGAUUUCGAAUAGUGGCAAGUCCAAGAUAAGAUAAAAAAUUUUCAAGAGCUGCUUGAGAACUUUAAGUCCAGAAGUUUGUCAGGCUUCAAGACUGAGGAGUAUGAUGAUUUCUUGUUUUUAUACAAAGUUAAAGCCACAAUCAAUAACAUCCCUGAAAUCAGUUGUAGCCUAAAAAUUUUCAAAAAUCUGAAAAUCCAGGCAUUUGUGGGGAACCGGUCGCUGAAAGUAGUAAGGUUUAAAGGAUUCCUUAACCAAGAUUAUGAAUGUUGCCAUUGGUCGGCAUUUGAGAGUUUACUCACUCAUCUUUCUUCUCUGACAGCUGAAGAUGUGUCAACCUUUGAGGAAAAUAUGGAAGAAUUGUGUGAUCAUAUUGAUAGAAUUCUAGAUAAGUGGACACCAUCCACAACAAAUAAUGAAACCGAGGAAAAUUCUCCCAAACUGACCAAAU